UGUUUGAGGUUAGGUAAAAUGGCCGACUUUUGGCUUCCGUCUUUACGUUUCUGUCUAGAUUGUUGAGAAACGAGCCCAAAAUGCAGUUGUACGUUCGAGGACAAGAAACUCGAGUAUUCGAGUGUCAAGAAGAUGAAACCGUUGCACAAGUCAAGGCAAGGUUAUUAGCCUUCACAAAUUUGGAAUCGGGGACAAUUUCACUUGCUUGCGGUGGAGUGACUUUGGCAGAUGAUAUUCUUGUCGGAGAACUUGAAUUCGAUACACUCGAUUUUAACGUCCAACUUUUGGGAGGAAAGGUUCACGGAUCUUUGGCUCGUGCUGGCAAAGUCAAGGGACAAACACCCAAGGUUGAGAAACAAGAGAAAAGCAAGAAGAAAACUGGACGUGCAAAGAGGCGCAUUCAGUACAAUCGAAGAUUUGUAAAUGUAGUUCAAACAUACGGUCGUCGACGUGGACCAAAUGCCAACCCCAAUUCAUAAAUAAUUUCUUAAAAAUUUAAUUUUUUACUGCUUCUCGUAUGUGUAAUAUUAAUAAGUUACAAUAGAUAUUGCGUUAUGUAUGAUAUUUGAUAAUACACAUUCCGUCAAGCAGAAA